GACCUUUAAAUCGCUGCCUGGGGAAGCCGAUCUGGUACAGCACACUAGCUCUUGCCAGUACGCCGGACCGGAUCGGACCGGCUUACUUUCACCUCUGGAAGGUUCCCAGCAAUGGAGAGGUAUAUUUGGUGAGGCGUGUAGGCUGGCUCAGUGAGAGGAAGCCCACUCUACCGCUGCAUGCACUGCUCAGUUCUGAUGAAAUUUUGUCUGUCUCCAGUGCUGGCCAUCUGGCACCUUUCACUGUGUUGACUUUGAAGGCUGUUUUUUAAAAAAAAUUAAUUGUAGGAGUCUCUCUUUUUUCACGUGGGGGUGAAGGGUGAGUUCUUGCAGGGUUCCCAUUCCAAGUGCCUCUCUCCUCAUUCCAGUUGUCAAGCACUCUUCCUUCUCAGUGAGCCCUACCCAAGGAAUGAGGGGCUGGGACUCCAGCUCCUAGGAACCUGUCUUUCUGAUGCACAGAAUCUAGUCUAAGCCUGUUUCUUCCUGUCUCCUCUGACAUUUCACUGGCAGUUUGGGCAGAAUCUCUCUUCAAAUGGCUUCUCUUCCUCCUAUUGUCAAUAACCUGAAUGGAAGAAUGCUGCCCCACCUCACUGCUGGGCUUCUCCUUGCCUUGGCCUCCUCUUCUUCCAGUGUGUCUAAGGUCGUCAUUUCAGGAGUUUAUUUUGCCUAGUCAGCCUGUCCUACUACAGCUGCAAGAGAGCUGAAAACAGGCAAGUGACUUACACUAGGAAACACGUGGCAAACCUGACUGUACAUGUCAGUCUUUUCCCUUUGUGCCUGUAACACUCCCUAGAGCACAUGACCCAGAUACCAAGAAUCAGCAGAGAAACGGACUCCACAUCUGGGAGAGUAGUGCGCUGGCAUCAGAGACUCCAGGACACGAACCAUGAGAACAAAACAGCUCAUCAAAUACACUUUGUUUGUCUCCUGUUACCUCUUCUGGGUGGCCAGUGGGCUCAUGGUGGCAGUUGGUAUUUAUGCCAAACUCUCUAAAGAGACAAGUGCUGUGGAUUCGCUCCUUGCUGAUCCCUCGCUGAUCCUGCUCACAGUGGGGAUCCUGAUGUUUGGCAUCACCUUUGUGGGGUGUACAGGAGCCUUGUGUGACCUGCCUGUGCUGCUGAAAAUUUUUGCUUGGAUUUUACUGAUCAGUCUCAUUCUCCAGAUCGUGGCUGCUGUCCUGGGAUUUAUCUUCUCUGGCAUGGUGUUGGAGAAAGCAGCAUUUCUGAUGGGAAAAGCUAUCUCUGGUUAUAGGAAUGAUCUAGAUUUACAGAACCUUAUUGAUUAUAUACAGAAAAAGUUCAAGUGCUGUGGGGUGCAUUCCUACAAGGACUGGUCUCAGAAUACUUACUUUGAGUGCCAAGACUCCAACCCCAGUCUGGAACGCUGUGCUGUGCCUUUCUCCUGCUGCAUCCAGAAGGAUAAAAAGGCAGCCAUUACUAGUGUUCUCAACAGCAUGUGUGGCUAUGGGACCCAGAACCUGAGAUCAUGGAAAGCAGAAAGUCUGAUAUACAUUGAGGGCUGCUUGGAAAAGAUUGUUGGCUGGGGGCAGAGAAACCUGCUGCUUGUUGCAGGGCUAGCAAUAGGACUGUUUUUCUUGGAGAUUCUUGUGUUUUCCAUGGCAGUGAUGCUCAUUUACCAGAUUGACCUGAUCAUACAGAAACGGAAAAGCACAAGGAGGAGAGGCCCCGAGAAAUAAGUCUGUUACUCCCAUCAAGAGCCCAGCAUGGUCUCUGUUGCCACUGGUGUGGGCUGCGGAGAAGGAACAAACUGAGAUCUCAGACAAAACACUGUGAAUACCCCAGAGGGUGCCAGGGCCCAUGCCCCACGUGAAUAAACAGACAGUGGAAAGCAUUUUCUGUGCAUAUGAGGCAGAGGCAACUGCUGCUUGGAAAGAGCCCUUGCUGCCUGGUGGGUCUCACUCUCUCCUCCCCCACUGUUUUAUUACCAUGGACAUUUUCACAAAACCAGAUCUUUCUUUUCUGAGAUUCCUGAUGCUUAUUCUCCAUCUGUGGUCAGAGUCCUCAGGUUGCUUUAGCAAUCACUUUGGAGGACAGGGUUACAAUUG